AUGGUUGUGGUCGAUGGUUUAUCGGGGAAUAGGGUUAACAAAGAUGAACGAUCGGUAAAUGACACCAACCACCGCCGCCCCUACCACCAACGUUAUUCCAGCGACUUUCCACCACCAGCACGACUUCCUCUGUUCACUUCGGCUACCUUCUCCUCCGUUCACUUCUGCUACCGUCAUCUCCGAUCUCCAAUGAACCACCAGAUCUGCAUCAGAUCUGACUUGAUUAAAUCAGAUUUCAUCAGAUCUACAAGAAAUCUCACCGGAUCUACAUCAGAUCGUGAUCUCGAAACCGCCACCACGAAUCAGAUCUAG